AUGGUUCGGCGAGGUGAAAGCAGGAAAGUCAUUGUGGGGGUGAUAAUGGCGAGAUGGUUCGGCGAGAAUGGAAACAAGGAGAGAAAUUCCUCCGGUAACAAGGACGGGGAGCGCCGAGCGCGGCACGUCUUGUGUGACCCAACAAAUACUCCAUCACCAGCCAAUGAUGAGAGGAAAGCACAGGAAUGGCUCCCCUGGGACAGAGAAUGGUCAAAGCUCCGCCUCUUCCGGGGAGUUUCCCAGCCGCCUGCCCCAUCCUGCCUCCCCCACAUCUGGUAUUGCCCGGUGAGGCUAAUAGGGAUGUCGAUGGAAAUUCAGUAUUCAGUGGUGGGACAAACCCUCGUCCUCAACGGGACUAUUUCCACCGUAAAUGUUUCCUUUGUCCAGAAACAGCACUAUCCAAGACACUUUAGCCCAGAAGCUGGACAGAGUUCCCAGAUCUCUCCAAGGGAAGCUGAGUUGCACAAACCCAGUGCCGAUCCUAGGCAGGCAACACCGAACCGCCAUCCACCAAAACAACCACGCCGAUCCCGCCAUCUACCAAAACAACCACGCCGAUCCCGCCAUCCACCAAAACAACGACGCCAAUCCCGCCAUCCACCAAAACAACGACACCGAACCGCCAUCCACCAAAACAACGACGCCAAUCCCGCCAUCCACCAAAACAACGACGCCAAUCCCGCCAUCCACCAAAACAACAACGCUGAUCCCGCCAUCCACCAAAACAACGACGCCGAUCCCGCCAUCCACCAAAACAAUGACGCCGAUCCCGCCAUCCACCAAAACAACGAGGCCGAUCCCGCCAUCCACCAAAACAACAACGCCAAUCCCGCCAUCCACCAAAACAACAACGCCAAUGCCGCCAUCCACCAAAACAACGACGCCAAUCCCGCUAUACAACAAAACAACGACGCCAAUCCCGCCAUCCACCAAAACAACGACGCCGAUCCCGUCAUCCACCAAAACAACGACGCCAGUCCCGCCAUCCUUCAAAACAACAACGCCAAUCCCGCCAUCCACCAAAACAAUGCCGCCGAUCCCGCCAUCCACCAAAACAACAACGCCGAUCCCGCCAUCCACCAAAACAACGACGCCGAUCCCGCCAUCCACCAAAACAACGAGGCCGAUCCCGCCAUCCACCAAAACAACGAGGCCGAACCCGCCAUCCACCAAAACAACGACGCCGAUCCCGCCAUCCACCAAAACAACCACGCCGAUCCCGCCAUCCACCAAAACAACAACGCCAAUCCUGCCAUCCACCAAAACAACAACGCCAAUGCCGCUAUACAACAAAACAACGACGCCAAUCCCGCCAUCCACCAAAACAACGAGGCCGAUCCCGCCAUCCACCAAAACAACCACGCCGAUCCCGCCAUCUACCAAAACAACAACGCCAAUCCCGCCAUCCACCAAAACAACGACGCCGAUCCCGCCAUCCACCAAAACAACCACGCCGAUCCCGCCAUCCACCAAAACAACAACGCCAAUCCUGCCAUCCACCAAAACAACAACGCCAAUGCCGCUAUACAACAAAACAACGACGCCAAUCCCGCCAUCCACCAAAACAACGAGACCGAUCCCGCCAUCUACCAAAACAACAACGACAAUUCCGCCAUCAACCGAAACAGCGACGCCAAUCCCGCCAUCCACCAAAACAACUAUAGAAAUACAGCCAUCCACCAAAACAACAACGCCAAUCCCGUCAUCCACCAAAACAACAACGCCGAUCCCGCCAUCCACCAAAACAACAACGCCAAUCCCGUCAUCCACCAAAACAACUAUAGAAAUCCAGCCAUCCACCAAAACAACAACGCCAAUCCUGCUAUCCACCAAAACAACAACGCCAAUCCUGCUAUCCACCAAAACAACAACGCCAAUCCCGUCAUCCACCAAAACAACAACGCCGAUCCCGCCAUCCACCAAAACAACAACGCCAAUCCCGUCAUCCACCAAAACAACUAUAGAAAUCCAGCCAUCCACCAAAACAACAACGCCAAUCCUGCUAUCCACCAAAACAACGACGCCAGUCCCACCAUGCUCCAAAACAACUACGCCAAUCCCGCUAUACACCAAAACAACAAUGCCAAUCCCGCCAUCCACCAAAACAACAACGCCAAUCCCGCUAUACACCAAAAAAACUACGCCAAACCCGCCAUCCACCAAAACAGCGACGCCAAUCCCGCUAUACACCAAAACAACUACGCCAAUCCCGCCAUCCACAAAAACAACAACGCCAAUCCCGCCAUCCACCAAAACAACAACGCCAAUCCCGCCAUCCACCAAAAUAACGACGCCAAUCCCGCCAUCCACCAAAACAACAACGCCAAUCCCGGGGCAUCCUGUGCUCCCUCUCCCCAUCCAAGCUCAUCGUUCUUCAAUAAAAACAUAAAAAGAAACCCCAUGACUAAUUUUUGA